AUGACAAUAACCUGCUCGGAGAGGGAUGGUGUCGUUGCUGAUCUCCGUUUAGCGGAUUCCUUUUAUUUGAAAUAUGAAGUUCGGGGUGUCUUGGGUUCUGGAGCCAGUAGUACUGUGCGACGUUGCAUAGAAAAAGACUCUAAAGCCGAAUUCGCUGUUAAAAUUUUGGAUCUUAAUAGUGGUGUCGACACCUCAGAAGUUAUACGUUCAGAAUGUAUGCGAGAGGUGACGAUUCUUAGAAAAGUAGUCGACCACCCCAAUAUCAUAAGAAUUCAUGAUGUUUUCGAGGGGGAUGCAUACAUAUUUCUGGUCUCAGAAAUUUGUCAAGGUGGUGAACUUUUCGACUAUCUUACUCACAACGUCAUUAUUUCCGAAAAACGUACUCGUGCAAUCAUGCGGCAGCUGUUUGAUGCUGUUAAUUUUAUCCAUGACCGUCAAAUCGUCCAUCGAGAUCUCAAGCCGGAAAACAUUCUUCUUGAUGAAAAUCUUAACAUAAAAGUUACGGACUUCGGGUUGGCUGUAUUUGUUGACGAUGAAGAAGAGCUCAAAGAAACUCGGGGAACACCAGGUUACUUGGCGCCAGAGGUCCUGAUGUGUGGUUACUAUGAAGAUCAACCUCCUUAUGGUCAACCUGUAGACAUUUGGGCAUGUGGUGUGAUUAUGUAUACUCUGUUAGCAGGUUGUCCCCCUUUUUGGAAUCGUAAAGAACAUUUGAUGCUGCGCCAGAUUAUGGAAGGCCGUUUCUCUUUUCCUAGUCCAGAAUGGGAUGAUAUCAGCGAAUCUGCAAAGGAUCUAGUGAGUUGCUCUAUAAAUGUCUGCUUCCUUUAUUUGUUAUGUACAAACGUCAUAUUCACUGAAGAUAUCGUAAAUGGCCUGGUUAGUGGAGUACAAGUUAUUGAAAUGCAAUUUAGUAUUGUGCUUAGUACAUUUUCACCAGUUUUUUUACUUGUGGAUUCCAGCGUAAGGUUGACAGCUUUAGAUUCAUUGAAUCAUGCAUUCUUCCUACAACAACCUAUAGUUGGAAAGACAGCCUUCAAUGCUAGACAGAAAUUUAAGACUGGUAUGUUGGCUGUCAGUUUUAUAUUUUAUCUACGCCGUUUAAAAGUGGAUGCUGCCUAUUUAAAUAUCCAUCAGUUAUCUAUGGAUCCAUAUUCAAAUAAGAAAUUGCGUAAAAUUAUUGAUACACUUGCCUAUGAUGUUUAUAGUCAAUGGGUUAAGAAAGGUGAAGAACAAAAUCGUGCUGAAUUAUUUGAAAAUGUACCACGUCGUGAUAUGAUUGAUACACCAGAAGCAAUAUUUCACAAUAGUCCAAAACGUUCAGUGUUAGCCGGUGACUCCGUGAAUUAUACACCUUUCAAUUUUGAAGAUGAAGAUGAUGAUGAUAUCAGGAUACCGAUUAGAAUUGAUUAUUAAUAAACCCUUUAUUACAAUCUGUAGUCUAAACUUAGCCCCUCCCUACCUCCUCUCUCAAUAUAUAUAUAUAUAUAUAUAUAU